CAAAAGGCAGCAGCCAAGUCUGAGGAGUGGCAGUUUGCAGGCAGCCACGACCCAGGCAACAACGAUCCAAGAAGCUUCCAACCCAGUCCGUCAUGUCAUCCAACUUUGGCGGUAAAGUGGCGCUGGUCACAGGUGGGGGAGGUGGCAUUGGCCGAGCCCUCUGUCAGGUGCUGGUCCGGGAUGGUGCCAAGGUAGUAGCGGCGGACCGCAAUUUCCAGACAGCCCAGGAGACCGUUAGCUUGCUCCCUAAUCCCGGGGAUCAUCUGGCUGUAUCCAUGGACGUAACAAGUAAUGAAUCUAUAGACUCGGCCAUUAAAGCCAUCACGGAGAAGUACCAGACUCCCCCCAGUCUCGUGGCCAACUGUGCUGGAGUUCUGGAAAUGGCUCCUAGUUGGGAACUUGACGAAAAAACAUUUGCGAACGCGUCAGAUGUUAACUUCAAGGGCACCUUCUUUGUGAGUCAAGCAGUCAUCAAGUUGCUUUUGAAGCAGCAAGCUCCUGGUGCUGUGGUCAACAUUGCUAGCAUUGCCGGAGGAUAUGGGCUACGCGACUUAUCACACUAUUCCGGCAGCAAGGGUGCUGUGAUGUCUCUCACUAAGGCCAUGGCAGGAGAACUCGCCAAGAAAGGUAUUCGGGUAAACUGCGUACUUCCUGGUCUAAUCGACACUCCUCUGGUGAGAGAUACACCCCUAGCUGAUUCAAUUAUUCCUUUCACUGCACUAGGAAGAAAGGGACAGCCUGGAGAGGUGGCCGAAGUGUUGGCGUUCCUUCUGUCGGAGAAGAGCAGCUACAUGGUAGGGUCUUGUGUGGAGGUCACAGGUGGAUAUACCAUGUAAUUUGUCUCUGAAGAAGCCAGGCCCAGCGUCAGGACGUUAAGAAAACUUUAAGGUUAUAGUCUUCAGCCUCAUGACUUAAAGUAGAUUUUGAGAAAUCCAUUGCCGAAGUGAAGAUAAUUUUCAAGAAGCCUCUUCAAAUUUGGCACCGUACGUGAAGUGGAUUUUGCAUCAGACACCUCUAAUGGCAAAAUAAUUGUGGAUACUGAGGCUGUUAGCAGUGUCACGAUGUGAUAGGAGCUGUGAGGAGCUCGUCUCACACUUGAUAUGAGAAGAGCUCUGAGGACCAUAAUUCUAUCAGUCAACAAAUUGUAAUGAUGAAAAAUUACAAUAAAUUACUAAAAACGAAAAAAAAAA